AUGGACGAGGAUUACUUCUGCAGGGUGAGAAAACGCCUACACAGCUCUGGUGUGAUCACAUCCUCGCGAUCCGCGCUCAACCAUGGCGACUCUUUUGAGUUCGACGACGAUUACGUGAUUGACGUUGGUGAAGGUAAACGGCCGAACUUUACAGAGCAACUUCUUGCGCAUUUAGAGCAGCAUGGCUUACGACGAUGCUACGCGGACGAGGACGACUUUGCCGAAUUCACCGCAUCCCCAGAGGUGGUCCACGAGGAGGCUCAGGAAACCGAUCACGACGAAACAACAUCCACCUUAUCCAAGCAGGACGAUGCGCGGAGGGCGUAUUUUUAUAUCUGUGUACCCUGUGAAAUACGCCUUACAAAGGUCUACACUCACGCCGCGACGCAUAACAUUCUGGAGGACGCGCAUUACCACUUUUCAUCGGCUGCACACCGCAGCACGGCGUCGUGGAUGGCGGACCCCGAUAUCGACGUCACCCUCAGCAAUUCCCCGCUCGUUGACAUCACAGGAUACACCCGUAUUUUCGUGAACGGUGUGCCUAUGCUGCUUUCCCGCAGACCUGGCGGCGGGGAUAUGUUCUACCCCCUCCCUCACGAGCAGGAGAGGUUUAAUCCGCAUAACAAAGUCGUACGCCGGGCGCCACCGCCCCAUCAUGUCCUGGAUUCCAUUUCCAGCCCGCACGAGGAGAUGGGGGCGCACAAAAACAAAAAAUCUUCUCCACUUUACCCCUCGCUGCGAUACUCCAGCAACGCGAACUACUGGUAUCGCCCUCUUACCAGCACGUACUGCCGUAGAACACGGCAAAUUGUCUCGAGAUUUGAGGGAACCAUCGAACACGCACUGGUGAAAUGGAAGACACCCUUCCAUCAACUCACCGCUCGGCGUAGGAUUCAGGUUAAUCAGGUGCGCAUUCAAAGCCUUAAGUCUAAUCUCCUUGUGGAUAGCUCGGUGAUGCCCACGAUUCCAGCUCUAUAUCCUAUUCUUCGCCGACGCAUCGCAAAAAAAUUUCUUGAGUGCUCGAAGGGGUUGCCCGAUCCACCUCAAGCCCCUGUAGAGCCUUAUCGCGUUCAAUACAUUCAGCCUUAUCAACCAUAUCUUUUUCACUCAGACACUUUUGACGAGACACAUACCUCAAACGACGAAACAUCUAAGUUGGAUCGAUUUAUUGUAGAGUCUGAGGGUGUCUACCGCAUCGGGCUUUUAUCGGAAAAUGAACUAAAACAUCUCGAGCACGAACGCGAUCUUCUCGAUGUGGUGUGCUAUGACUUAGGCACUUCAUCGUUAGCUGGAGGAGGGCAACAAACGGAAUUUGUUACCACGGCACCUCUUACGCAAGAAAUGCUAAGCCAGCUCACGCAAAGCUCACCAUUCUCGUUGAAACAGCCAAAUGGUCACGAAAACAGCUCGAUGGGUAGCUACGGUAGUUCCUCAUUAAUAGAAAGUACUCCACCUUCAUCGAUAUCGUGUUAA